AUGCAACCACUCGUGCUCCCUCCACCGAGCCUCACUACCGCCCAAUUUGGACAGCCCCGGUUCAACUCGGGCCCAGAGGGGUUUCCGUUGAAUCGACCUUGGUCGACCAAUGCUCGAGGGUGCAGCCCACGGGCUCCUCUCCCUCGUCAAUCUAUGUCUGGCUCGCCUCUCGAAGAGCCUGCGGUGACAUCCGAGGAAUCUCGGCCUCGAUACCCACCGACUUCUUUACCGACAGUGACAUCGGCCGGGGAAGCCCUUCUGACUACCGGCCCGGGUCCAUCCCAGUUACCUCCAGCAAUUCAUGAUCCAUUAUCAGCACCGAUCCGGUCACGGUAUGGAGACCAGCCGCCUGUCUUUGGCUCUCCACAACUUCCACCAGAAGCACUAGCACCUCAAUAUCCAUUAUCAGGCCUGGACCCAUCCCUCGCCGGACAGUCAAGUCGUUCCCUAGCACCAAAGUCUACACGACGGACAAAGGCUCAUGUAGCGUCAGCCUGUGUGAACUGUAAAAAGAAGCAUCUGGGUUGUGACCCAGCACGUCCAUGUCGAAGAUGUGUUCUUGCGGGCAAGGCUGCGUCCUGUGUGGAUGUUACUCAUAAGAAACGAGGACGACCCCCACUGAAAGCCGAGGAUUCGUCCGUUCGACCAUAUACGACACAUUUAGACCAUCCAGCAAUCCCGGCCGAGUCGCAUUCAUCUAUGAUAGCCCAUCGAACUACCGUGCAUCGGCCAACGUCGUCCCGUGAACUUCGACCGAUGACCGAUCUACAUACCAUUAGCUCUCCGGGCGCCACAGCCGGCAUGAGAACGUCACAUGGCCAGCAGCGCUGGUCGGCAUCGGUAUUUCCAUUGACUCGACCGAUGGACCCGGUUUCUGCAGUCCCUCACCCUGGAGUUCGGCGGCCAUUUUCUUCAUCCGGUGCACCGUCGGAUACCCCAUUGGCACGCCCACCCCCAGCAUUCAUCCCGAUGACUAGCGGGUUCAACCCGGUGAUUCAAACAGGGACUUUGCCUCCUGGGCUGGACAGACGAUUUCCUUCUUAUGGUCCAGCAUUACCUCCACCAACAUCUCCUCCUCAGCACCACCACCCAGCAGGAGCUCCUUUCGCUCCAUAUGCCGAGUCUCCCAGUGGGUCUCUUCACCCUACGAUAGCAGACCCCCGUCGACCACCAGGACCUCGCGAGCCAUACCUAGAGUCCCCCGUCCGACUGCCUCCCAUCCAUCAGGCCACCGCCAGUCCCGGUCAACCACCUCCAGGUCCACCACCUGGAGUGCCUCACCAUGCACACAGACUCAGUGAUCCCUAUCCUGGAAUUUGGACUACUGGACGAGAAGAAAGCCGCAGAGACCCACGUGCCCUCUCAUCACAGAGGCCCAUGAAUUCUAUGUUCGCCCACUCACCCAGUCACCAUCGCUCGUCCUCAUCUACGACAGGGCCCCGCGAUCCUAUUCCACGGCACCUCGGUCCGAUUGACCUCUCAAGCCCUGUUCACCUGGGCCAUUCUCCACCGCUUGGAGCCCGUACGGCUCCAUCCACGACAGAAUCUGAUCCUGAGCCCGAGCCACGACCAGUCAAACGCCGCAAAAUGGCUUUAGACGACAUGGUCAACGGCUAA